CUUCAGCAAUCAGACCUUGGUUUUCAAGAGGAUUACUCUGUUUUCAAAUUCAGAGUUUCAGAGUUUGAAUUUGAUAUAUAUUAUCUUUGUUCCCGAAGAAGCUUGGUAGACUAUGGCAUCCAAUGUAAAAAAGGGUUCAGAAGAAGAGCAACCAACCUCAAGAUUGCAGAUUUACUCCACCUCUGAUACGCUCUCCCCUUUCUGGAGAGACAAGUAUGAAAAAGAUGCCAAAAAGUAUUGGGAUGUCUUUUACAAGCGCCAUCAAGACAGGUUUUUUAAAGAUCGACAUUACCUGGACAAGGAAUGGGGCCAAUAUUUCUCUGGAGCUGGGCGGAAAGUUAUUUUAGAGGUUGGCUGCGGAGCUGGUAACACCAUUUUUCCACUGCUUGAGACAUACACUGAUGCUUUUGUCCAUGCAUGUGAUUUUUCACCACAUGCUGUUAACUUGGUUAAGGCACAUAAAGACUUCACAGAUAGCCGUGUUAGUGCGUUUGUUUGUGAUCUGACCAUUGAUGAUCUGAGCAAGCAGAUUUCUUCAUCGUCCGUAGAUAUUGUAACCAUGAUUUUUGUGUUAUCUGCAGUGUCUCCAGAGAAGAUGCCUCUAGUAUUGAAGAAUGUUAGAAAAGCUCUCAAGCCAAGUGGUCGUGUCCUGUUUCGUGAUUAUGCUACUGGUGACCUUGCUCAGGAAAGAUUGAAUUGCAAGGACCAAAAAAUAAGUGAAAACUUUUAUGUCAGGGGUGAUGGCACUCGUGCUUUCUACUUUUCAAAUGAGUUCUUGACAAGCUUAUUUAAAGAAAAUGGUUUCAAUGUUGAACAACUUGACUUGUGCUGCAAACAAGUUGAGAACCGGUCAAGAGAGUUGGUGAUGAAUCGGCGUUGGGUUCAAGCUGUAUUCCGCCUUUCAGAUGGUACAAACUCCUCUACCAACGCUGAAGCUGCAAUCAGGGUAAAUCAUCUUGGUCAAGAGAAAAUUGAGCUGGAUGUCAAUGGGAACAUCUUGAUGCAGCCGGAGAAUGAUUUAGAGGUUGAUAUGUCCGACGGUGUGGCAGCGGAAAUGUUUGGUAUUUCACCUUCCAGUGAUAAUGAGGUAAUUGAGCUUGAGCUAGGUGGUUGGACUUUCAAGAUCGAAGUGUUAUCGAAAGUGCACCAACACACUUGCAAAUCAACUGGUUUGAUGUUGUGGGAAUCAGCUCGGUUUAUGGCUUCUGUUUUAGCCAAAAAUCCAGCUAUUGUCUCUGGGAAAAGGGUGUUGGAGUUGGGGUGUGGCUCCGGGGGUAUUUGCUCUAUGAUUGCUGCUAGAUCUGCUGACCUCGUGCUCGGCACAGAUGGAGACACAAAUGCACUUGACCUACUGAAGCAAAAUGUCAAUUCAAAUCUCAGGCCACCAUUACUGGACAAACUCAUUACAAGAAGAUUAGAGUGGGGAAAUAGAGACCAAAUAGAAGCCAUCAAAGAAGCUCAUGCUGGAGGUUUUGAUAUCAUCAUAGGCACAGAUGUCACUUACAUAGCUGAAGCUAUUUUGCCUUUAUUUCAAACUGCAAAGGAGUUGAUUUCAUCUAAUAGAAGCAUUGGUGCUGAUUUGGAACCAGCCCUAAUUCUCUGUCAUAUUUUCCGUCGGGUAGACGAGCCUUCCAUACUUUCAGCUGCAUCUCAUUUCGGGUUUAGGCUAGUCGAUAAGUGGCCGAUAGGAAUUCCUACUAAUCCAUCACCAAGCAUCAUCAAAACUUGGUUUCCCGAGAAUGGCUCGGAGCAUGUUGAGAGUGGAGCAUUACAUAUCUUGUACUUCCACAUGGAGUGAAAUUUUGUGAUUCAAUGUCAAGGAAUACAGUCUUCUUUU